AUGGACAACUAUAUUCCAGCCGACGAAUCGGUUGAAGAGGCUGAAAAUCCAUUUCCAGACCCGUUUCGUGACUGUAAAACGAUGAAUGUGGGAAAAAAUGCGAAAUUUCGACAUAUUAUUCAACAUGUUGACAGGUUUUUUGAGGUUUGUUGCGGUUUUGGACGCGGAAAAAUUCCGCGCGGAAGGUUAACGCGGAAAUUCCACGUUUUUUGAGACCAAAUAAGGCUAGAGUUGGAGACGCAGAGAGAUCAGACAGCUAGAGAGUUAGAUACGCAGAGGAGCCAGAUAGCUAGAGAGUUAGAGACGCAGAGAAAUUAGAGAGUUAGAGACGCAGAGAAAUUAGAGAGUUAGAGACGCAGUGAAAUUAGAGAGCUAGAGAUGUAGAGAAACUAGACAGCUAGAAUGUUAGAGACGCAGAGAAUUUAGGCAGCUAGAGAGUUAGAGACGCAGAGAAAUCAGACAGUUAGAGAUGCAGAAAAAUUAGACAGCUUGAGAGUUAGAGACGCAGAGAAGCCAGACAGCUAGAGAGUUAGAGAUCAGACAGCUAGAGAGUUAGAGACGCAAAGAAAUCACAUAGCUAGAGAAGCAGAGAAAUUAGACAGCUAGAAGGUUAGAGACGCAGAGAAAUUAGAGAGCUAGAUAGUUAGAGAAGUCAGACAGCUAGAAAGCUAGAGAUCACACAGAUAGAAGGAUAGAAACGCAGAGAUAAGACAGCUAGAAGGUUAGAGACACAGAGAAAUCAGAGAGCUAGAGACGCACAGAAGCUAGACAGCUUGAGACGCAGAGAAAUCAGACAGCUAGAAGGUUAGAGACUCAGAGAAUUUAGGAAGCGCAGAGAAUUUAGACAGCUAGAGAGUUAGAGACGCAGAGAAAUUAGACAGCUAGACAAUUAGAGUAACUUAGGCUUGUUUGGUGUCAAAAAACGGGAAUUUUCAGAGCUACAGUAAUCCGGACUGCAAAAUUUAAUUUCAGGAUGACUCGAAUCGUUUCGUUAUUUUCAAAUCAAUCGAUGGAGCUACAGAUAAAGCGAUCUCAUGUGUUGAAGUCUUCAAAUCUCAAGCCAAGGUUGGAAUUUUUUUAGGCUGAAAAUCUGCAAAUUUUGGCUGAAAAUCUGAAAUUUUGCAGAUCGAAUUAUAUCAAUGGACAAAAAUCACCUAUUCAAAACGUGUUGUGCUGUGGAAAUGUUUGAUGGAAGGACCCAGAGAGUUAGUCUAACUUGCGAUUUUUUUUUCCUGAAAAUUUGUGAAUUUUGGGCUAAUUUUCAUCUGAAAAACUUGAUUUUUAAUUAAAUUAGAAGCCUGAAAUCUGAAAUUUAAAAAAAAAAUCUGAAAAUAUUUCCAGCAUUCGAGCCACGAUUGAAGUUCCAGUCAUUUUUAUUGUUGUUUCGAAAGAUCCAUUUCCGGGAGAAUUUAGUUGUAUGAGGUGAGCAUUUUUCGGGUUUUGGGUUUAAAAUUUUCAAAAUUUUUGAGCCUAAAUAAGGCUAGGUCCAAUUUUUAGGAUUUUUCAAGCCUAAAUUAGCCUAGGCUCGACUUUUGGGGAUCUUUAGAGCACCCAGGCUCAUUCAGGCUCAAAAAAAUCCCAAAAAUUUGAAUCUAGGCUUAUUCAGGCUCAAAAAAUCCCAAAUUUCGAGCCUAGACUAACUUGGGCUCGAAAAAUCCCCGAAAAUUUGAAUCCAGGCUUAUUUAGGCUCAAAAAGUCCCCAAAAUUUGAGUCUAGGCUUGUUUAGGCUCAAAAAUCUCAAAUUUUCAGGCCUAGACUUGUUUAGACUCCAAAAAUUUGAAUCUAGCCUCAAAAAGCCCCGAAAAUCCCCCUAGGCUUAUCUAGACUCAAAAAAUCCCAAUUUUUCAGCAUGCAAUGCUCAUCAGACCGCGAAAUCGCCUUCCGCCCUCUAAACUCCUCACGCCCAAAAAAACCAACACCAAAAAAAGUGGGAAAUCGCAAGGUUGGCGAUGGAAAUAAAUGGUCAAAACCUAGUGGAGAACAGAGGAAAAAGGAGAUGAAAGAAAGAUCGGAAUUAUUGAAAGAAGUUGAAAAUUCGAGUAUUGGGGAGUGA